ACUUACGGAUAAUGGCGUUUUCGAGCAUCGGAGUCAGCGGUGCAGCUCUUUGUUAUAAUCUUUGUGGACUGCUACGAGCCGACUUGUUCAUCGGGGAGCAGAUGAUGUUCUCUUUUGCUUCAUGACAACCCUAUAUUCCCGUGGGUGGAGUUGGGAAUUCGAUAUCAUCCAGAUCGCUCGGACAGUCCGAAUUCGUCCUUCUCUGGACUGUAUUUUUUUCUUUCUGCUCGUUGUUUUUUUCUCUCUUUUGCUUGAUGCGUCAUUUUUUCCUCUUUGGGCCCUCAAAGGUUGGGCUCACAGUGCAUCAAAUGCUUGCUUGCAGAUGUUGCGCAAGACCAUCUCCUCUUUCGAUUGUGUCACGGUCUCAAUCGUUGUCCGUAUAUGAGUCUGCAUGGUCAAAACACCCCAUGGCGACCUCAACUUUGUUUCUAUGUUUUC